UGUCUUUGUGUAAAGGAGUGGAGCUCGAUCUCACAUCACUCUUCCCUCUUCCCCGAAUCCUUUCUAAACUCUCCCCCGGGUUUCUACCCUCCCGAACCUCUCCCCUUCUACCCUUACAACCCCACCCUCCCCCCGAUCACAUAUCAGCGCACGACUUGGAUCCAUCUUGGUGGUUGAAACCCCAGUUCUCAAAAAAGAAAAAAAAGAAGAAAAAAAAAGAAAAGAAAAAAAAAAGAUCUGUUCCCCUACUGUAGCAGACAUGGACUCCGGUGUGAUUGAAGGAGGGCUCAAUGUCACCCUUACCAUCAGGCUGCUCAUGCAUGGCAAGGAAGUCGGAAGCAUCAUUGGCAAGAAAGGUGAAUCUGUGAAGAAGAUGAGAGAAGAGAGUGGGGCUCGCAUCAACAUAUCUGAGGGAAACUGUCCAGAGAGGAUCAUUACCUUGGCAGGUCCAACCACAGCCAUCUUCAAAGCAUUCUCCAUGAUCAUUGAAAAGCUGGAAGAGGACAUAAGUAGCUCGAUGACAAACAGCACAGCAACCAGUAAGCCCCCAGUGACCCUGCGCAUUGUGGUGCCUGCCAGUCAGUGUGGCUCUCUCAUCGGGAAAGGUGGCUGCAAGAUAAAGGAAAUUCGAGAGUCGACUGGUGCUCAGGUACAAGUGGCGGGCGACAUGCUUCCGAACUCCACGGAGCGGGCCAUUACCAUAGCUGGCACUCCCCAGUCUAUAAUCGAGUGUGUGAAGCAGAUCUGUGUGGUCAUGCUUGAGUCUCCCCCUAAGGGGGUCACUAUCCCUUACCGACCCAAGCCUUCAGGAUCUCCAGUCAUCUUCGCAGGCGGCCAGGCAUAUGCCGUACAAGGACAACACGCGAUUCCACAGCCAGAUUCUUCCUCUGCUGCUAUUUCUCCACAGCUCACAAAACUUCACCAGCUGGCUAUGCAGCAGAGCCCCUUCCCCAUCGCUCCCAGUAACCAGGGAUUCACUGGGAUGGAUGCUUCUGCCCAAACUAGUUCCCAUGAGAUGACCAUUCCAAACGAUUUAAUUGGGUGCAUCAUCGGGCGCCAGGGGGCAAAGAUCAAUGAGAUCCGGCAGAUGUCAGGUGCUCAGAUCAAGAUCGCCAAUCCAGUGGAUGGCUGCUCCGACCGCCAAGUCACCAUCACCGGCUCCCCCGCCAGCAUCAGCCUGGCUGAGUACCUCAUUAACGCAAGGCUCUCCUCUGAAGCCACAGGACUGGCAGCCAACUGAUAAGACACUGCAUUCUGCACUAAUUGUUCACUUUUCUGCCAUCGGCUCCCAUAAGCAGUCAAUGCAACUCUCCAGUUAAAAAGUUGAAGAAUUACACCGCCUCUCCCUCAUUGUAAUGUCUGCCACCAUUGAUUUGAUUUUGAUCUGCUGAAUUUCUUAUUUAUUUUAUUUUGUUUUUUAAGUCAAAAAUAAGGAAAAAAUAGAAAAUUGAUUUGGUUUUAAAUCCCCUUUUGAGUUCAGUUGAAGGUUUUUAAUGGUUUCUAAUUUGAUUUCCUUUCUCAGUUGAAUGCAACCCUCGCUCACUUUCCUUAUUUUUCCUCACUGUCACGUUGAAGUACAGUUGGAAAAUGGCUUAUAGGUUUCAUUCUUUCUGUUCUCAUUGUUUUUUUUUUGUUCUAAAAGGAAACAACCAAAAAAAGGAAUAAUAAAUAUUAAAAAAAAAACAAGAAUACAUGUUUUAUUCUCUUCUUCCCCUCCUCUCUAUUCCUCUCCCGUCCUUGACGUUGUUCAGUCCAUUUAAUAUCUCCAGGCUCACAUGCAUUUGAUAUUUCACAAGUACACACUUGUCCUUGUGGGCAGCAUAGCUUACACUGUCAGAUAUUGUUUGGUAUGACAUGAUGACAAAUGGAUCUAACACCUGGAAUUGCAGUUGAAUUCGUUCAUUAGUCUCAACUGUAUUAUUGCGCAUGUCUUUUUUCCCCUCUUUCCGUCAUUCCUGUUUGUCUACCUUCCAGUUUUGGCCCGGUGAUCUCACGUGUCGAUACUUUGCCGGGGACGGGAGGUUUUUCGGGUCGGGGUUUGGCUGUCGGGUUAGGAAGCAGAGGGUUCUCCUCGCUUUUUUUUGUAAAGACUGAUAUAUAUACUACUAAAAAGUCUGAAUAUUUGUUUUAAAUGGAGGAAGAUAUUUUUUUUAACUACCAAAGGGGGGAUUAACUCCCGAACAUUGACUGGGCUGUCUAAAUGUUAUGAGGCUAAGAAAUGAAUCAUCAAGCUCUGAAACUAGACAAAGAAAGGGUCAUGAGUUAACACUAGUUUUCCUGCUCUUUGCUUUGCUCGAGUCAGAUUUUAUUUUUAUUAUUUGCAGGAAAAGAACUUUUGUGCACGUUUUUGAGACUGUAGACCUGGGUGCCACAACAUUGUUUAAAAAAAUAUUGAAAUAAAGAUGUGAAAUGCUCAAACCACAAA